AGAGAGAGAGAGAGAGGGGAGGGGGGAAAACCAAUCCAAUGGAAUUUUGAAACAUUUGGGACUUUCUCUCUCAAUUUCGGAGCAAGUUCGAGAGAGAAAGUGGUUCACAUUGUUGUUGUUUGUCUGGUUGGUUUGUUUGCAUAAAACAACAAAACAAAUAAACACGCUCCAUUAGAAAAGACGGAAAAAGAAAGUAAAAAUUUCAAGAUUAGAUAAACAAGAUAGCAGGAAAAAUGAAAAUGGUUGCAACUUGAAACGUGGACUUGCAAAGGAAAUUUAGGUGAAAAAUGGAUGAUCAAAUUGGUGAACAAAUGGAGGAAUUCUUUUCCAUCGAAGAACCGAGUGAGGCGGAAGAAUUUUUUGAUAUCAAAUACGAGUUUGAUGCACCGCAAUGCUACGAUUUCAGUCGGCCAGAAAGAUACUGGGAGGCUAAAGAAGCCGAGCUCUGGUUCGAGUCAGCUGGAAGCUAUCCGCCUUCGCCUUUUGUAAUAAAGUUGAAGUGGAGAUAUGAUGUUGAUGGGGAUGAAGAAUUUAGCAAUGGUUCAGUAGAUUAUGAUGAUAGAGAAGUGUGCAAUUGCUUUAAUGAAGAUAAUCUGAGGGCUAAAACCGAGUCUCGGGUCAAGUCAUCUCUAUCUAGGAAUUCGACUUUGAUGAAACCGACAGCAAGUUACUUAGCCAAGCAAAACCAAUCUCGAGCGGUUCAUUUUACCCAGCUUCAUAGAAGGUUUCGAAAGUUUUUAGACAGACUUGAUGAUAAGAGUACGAAGAGUUCUUCUGUGACUGAAGGCGAUGCUACCAAAAGACAAAAGCUGGGAGCUGGUUACCUAUGCAAGGUAGCUAACUUGUCGCAUCAAGCUCUUUUCGUGCACAAGAAACCUAAAACCGUCCGAUCCCUUGAUGGCAACUCGGUACGUGCUAAACCUAACGUUACAAUUCCUAGAGAACUGGAGUUACAAACAGCAAGAAGGGCUCAAAGACGUAGGUCUAAAAUAAAGACAGAGUCAGAUGAAAAUGCAAAAUCACAUGCUCAUUUCUUUAAAGCACUCCCCUUAAACAGAAAAAUUCUUGAGGCUCCUUCAUUGCCCCUUCCCAAGAAAAGCCUCCCUCAGCGACCGGAGUUUCAGUUAUUUCACCUGAGGACAUCAGAGAGAGCCAGGCAGCAUGCAUCUAACAGUGCAAUGAAACUCCCUAAUUAUAUUUCAACUUCAAGAAAUGAAAAAACUGGCCUCAGAAGCUUCAACUCUGUCAAUGCAUUAAAGGAAGAGAAAUUUGAAGCUGUUAAUAAAUUUAAAGCUUGCCCUCUUAAUAAGAAGAUAAUGUCAAGCAUAGGGCAAACUGGUGUCCUGCAGAAGGAAACAACAGCCCCAAUGGAAUUCAAGAUUUUAGCAAACAGGAGGCUUCCUGAUGAACCACCAAUAGAAUUAUUGAAUAAGCUCUCCUUGUCAUCUGAAGUCCAUUCUGGCGAAAAAUCUCGAGCAAAAAUGGUUUUUUCAGAGGGAUUUAAAGAGAAUGAAACAGUUCCUUUCCUUCUGCAAUGUCAGAUUAUAAAUGUGGGCAAAGAAAAUUUACAAAGGAUUGGAGGGAUGGAGUAUCAAUGUAGGAAUGACAGGACUAUCGAAAUUGGCCGACAACUGAACGUUAACAGGCAAAAGUCAAACGAAUACAACACCGAGAGUUUCUUUCUUUCCAGUUUGGAUACCCGCCCCACCCACCCAAUAGAGAAACGCAUGGGCUUCGAGUUUCGAGUCUCUGCUGGAAGAUUUGGAAGUGAAAGCACAAUGAAGUACGGAACACAAGCAAAACCAAAUCCACUUACUUCCUCCCCAAAUUUGGACCGCCAUUGACUCAGACAGCCAUGUCUAUGACUAUAUGAGCACAUAGGCCGCAGAUAGAUUUUGUCAAAUUAUCAAAUUCAUAGGACGGGCUGUAGCUCGUGGCAAAAUUGCUAGAUCGUGAACAUGAAAACAGAAUCCAUACAGCCUCAACCAUCAGGAUUUAGGAGAUGGCUUACAAAAGGUUUGAGAACACUAUUCACAGCCUAAGCAAUUGAAGUUACAAAGGAAGAGUUAUCAGAGGCAGAAAGCAUUUCACCAUAUGAUGCAUUAUGAGGUGAUGAUGAGUGAUCCAUGAGUCCUGAGCCACAUAAAAAGCUUGCACUGUACUUUUACAUAUUGACUUAACAGAACAAAAUAGAUAACUUCUACGAAUUUCUCAAA